AUGCUCUCACGUGUUGCUGCUGUGAAGGCACCCCGCACACACAACCGUCGCCGCGUGACCGGAUCCAGCGGAAGGAGGAGGGAAGGAAGAGAGAGUGAGCCGCGGAGGCUCAACAUGUCCCGGCGUGUGUUUACUUCCGCGGUGCUGCUCCUCCUCGUCGUGAUGAUGUGCUGCGCCAUCUGUGGUGGAGCUGCAGCCACUAAUAAGGGGACUUCAACUCAGGGAGCUUUACCGGAGAAAUAUUUUGAUUGGAGAGAUAAAAAAGAAGGAGAAACAGUGAGUUUGCUCCGUGAUCCCAGUCUUGUUGAGGUGAAUGGUGAUGUGUUUGCCGUUGCCGAGGCGCAGUGCACGGAAGCCAGCAAGAGCGGUUUUACUGGGAUUGCCUCGGAGCUCUUGACGUUAACUGAUCAGGAAUCAAAAGAAUUGGGUACAGCCCAAUUGAAGACACAAGUACUGGAGGAAUGUCCUGCCCAAAAUAAGAAUUGUGCCCCCCAUUCAGAAGUUUCGGCUGGUUUUCAGAGUAAGACGAAAGUACAUAUGAGCCGGCCAACAACAGUUGUGAAGGGAAGUGAUAUUCACAUGGUUGCUGGAACCUACAGUUUUGAAGUUACUGAAGGCGUUGAUCAGACAGCUGCAGCAGCUAAAUGGGGGCUUUUGGUGGCGAGCGGCAACGUCAGUGCUGAGGGCAGCGAUAAAAGAAUUUAUUGGAACGACGCUUACGUUAUCCCGUCGACUUAUUUUGAAAAGCAACACGAAUCCUUGACACGGCUGAUUGGUGGCGGUGGAUCGGGUCUUAAGAUGAAGGACGGUACGCUUGUGUUGCCCGUGGAAGGCACGAAGGAUGGAAAGACCGUUUCGCUGAUCAUAUACACAGCCACUGAUGGUGGGAAUCUGUCGAAGGGGAUGUCUGCCGAUGGCUGCAGUGAUCCCUCCGUCGUGGAGUGGGAGAAGGACAAACUCAUGAUGAUGACUGCGUGUGAUGAUGGCCGCCGCAGGGUGUACGAGUCCGGCGACAAGGGGGAGUCGUGGACGGAGGCACUCGGGACACUCUCGCGCGUGUGGGGCAACAAACAAAAGGAAGGUAAGAGACGCGGGAGCGGUUUCAUCACAGCGACGAUUGAGAACAGGGACGUGAUGCUCGUUACUCUGCCGGUGUAUGCCAAAAAGGAGAAAAAUGGAAACAACAAUGGAAAGGGCGUACUCCAUCUUUGGCUGACGGACAAUACGCACAUUGUUGAUGUUGGGCCGGUAUCCGGGGAAGCUGAAGACGUUGCCGCCAGCGCCCUGCUGUACAAAAGUGGUGCAAUUAAAACUGAUAAUGAGAAAAAGGAGGGGUUGAUUGCACUGUACGAGAAGAAGAAGGGCGAUGCGGAAUCAUCACUCGGUAUGGUCUCUGUGCGUCUGACUGCGCAGUUGAAGCGGGUGAAGGAUGUGCUGGCGACCUGGAAGAAAGCGGACGAACGUGUCUCCAAGCUGUGCCUCACUUCACGUGCCACGGUGAGUAAAUCAACUGACACUGCCUGCACUACUGGUAAGAUCACGGCUGGGCUGGUUGGCUUUUUGUCCGGCAACUUCUCUGAUGACACAUGGAGGGAUGAGUACCUCGGGGUGAACGCCCACAGUAAGAAGGGAACGAAUGGGGUGGCAACAGGGUAUGUGGAUGGCGUGAUGUUCCGUGAAACGUGGGCGGAGUGGCCUGUUGGCAGUCAGGGGGAAGAUCAGCUGUACCACUUUGCGAACUACA